UUAGGUCUAACCUAACUGUGCCCAUCUCGCCGGCGCCGCCUCCAUUCUUCUCAUCCUCUCCACUGCGGCGCGGCGGCGCGGCCUCUUAGCGCCAUUUCCUCCUCCACUUGGAAGCAGCAGAAGCGGAAGCCCGUCGCCCGCCUGGCUCGAGCUCAAGGCCAUGGAGUAUUAUGAUCAGUCACUUGCUCUGACGAUUCGGAGGGAGGAUGAAUAGCGGAUCACAAAACGAGAUGAUUGAUUCAUUUUCAGAGCGGCAAGGAGCCAAGGAUGCAGCAGCACUAGGGUCCUAGUCCAAAUUGUCAGCUGGGGGAUCAAUGGCAAUGGCGGAGACGGUGAGGCUGCCCGAACAGCAGCGUCGCAGGCCUCUCACCAUUGCCAGCCUCCCUGAAGAAAUUAUGUCGGAGAUUCUGCUCCUGCUGCCGCCAAAAUCCAUCCUCCAGUGCCGUGCCGUCUGCAAGGCCUGGCGGGACGUCACCUCCGACCGCGCCUUCCUCCUCACCCACCACCGCCGCCAGCCUCCACAGCGCCUCCUCACCUUCAUCCGCGACGUGGGCAGUCACCACGAUGACCUGGAUAUCCUGGACUACUGUGUUGAAGCCGUUGACUUCCGCACACACCAGUUCCAGUCUCUGGCCCGGUUCACUGGCCAAGAUUACGACUGCUCACUCGAAGACAGCCCAUUCACCGUCCACGCUUCUUGCGAUGGUCUCCUGCUCAUGUCCUACAACAACUAUUUGCAUCUCUGCAACCCCACUACACGUCAAUGGCUUUGGGUCUCCCCCCCGGCGCUUCAACAUGACAAGGUCGUGGGGCUCUAUGCACAUGGACAUCCUUCCGAAUACCGAGUAUUGUACUAUCGAGAAUUUGGUUUGGGACGUACAUUCUACAUCACCACUGUUGGCUCCAGGAAGGAGAGGCGCAUUUGGCCACAUUCAUCAUCAGAAUCCCUGAGAAAGUGGUUGACAAAAGGGACAGAGGAUACUGAAUUCAACAAGCCUUUCCUGUUUCAUGGAAACCUGCACUGGUUGCCACAGUCAGGUCGACAAAACAAGAUAGUGGUGUUCGAUACACUGGAUGAGGCGUUUCGGUGGUUGCAUGUACCUUUCAAGAUGCACAAUGUGUCCUCAUUACUCGAGAUUGAGGGUAGCCUUGCCAUGUCAAACAGCCAUAUUGGAUCAUCAAAGGUGGAUCUUUGGCUUCUGCAAGAUUAUAAGCAUAUGGUAUGGGUCCACAAGUAUCGAAUUGAAUUGCCAGUGAUAGAGAUUCGCCGUUUAGUAGAAGAUGAUGUUUGGUUUCUUCAUAUUGUUUCCCAAGAGGGUGAUGUCUUGGUUGAUGGAUCUUAUUGGCAGUUUCACUACGACAUGAAGGGUAAUUUGCUGGAGAAAUUUCAAUGUAGUGGCCGCAUGCUGAACAUUACUCCACAUAUUCUCCAAGAAAGUCUCGUUCCACACGAAGUGUUCCAAAUUCUAGAUAAUGAAAGUAGACAUGCACCACAUUUCUUCAGGGGGUUGUAGAGCAUACUUUCUGUACUGUGAGGCUAUUUCACACUUUUGGGCGUCUAUUCAUUGGAUACUGCAAUUUUAGCGAUGGAACUUAAUUUUGUAGUGAAUGGUCAAUGAUCUGUUGUUGCAAAGGGCAGCAUUCACUCUGAUCAGUAUUUCUGUACCUCCACAUGUUCAUCUUUAACAUCGAGGGUAUCAUUUCAGUACUGUA